CUGGGCUUUCUAUUCUGUUCCAGAGACCCAGUACCAGAAUAUUUAAAUCACUGUGGCGUUAAAUACGUUUUAAUAUCUGAUAGGGCCAGUUUCUGCGCAUUGCACAUUUUUUUUUUUCUUACAGGAACGUGUUCGGGCCCGCGGCAGGGGGCGGGGUCGCGCCUCCUCUGCGGCUCUGGUUCCAGCCGAGCCUCACGGACGCCGAGAUGGAAAUCCCGAGGCUGCUCCCGGCUCGCGGGACACGACCGGGCGGCUGUGGCGGUAGCCCCGCGGGCGGCGGCCGGGUCGACGGAGGCCCUGACCCGCCGGCUGGCCAGGCCCCCACGCGCCGUCUCCUGCUGCUCCGGGGCCCCCAAGAUGGCGGGCCCGGGCGGCGGCGCGAGGAGGCCCGCACGGCCUCACGGGGCGCUGGCCCGAGCCUGUUGGCGCUGAGGCCCGAUCACGCUAGCGGCGGCGGCGACGACUUCUUCCUGGUACUGCUUGACCCGGUGGGUGGCGACGUGGAGACCGCAGGCGCCGGUCAGGCCGCAGGGCCCGAGUGGAGGGAGGAGGCCGAGGCGGGCCCGGGGCCCCAGGGGGGCGAGAGCGGCGCGAACCCCGCGGGCUGCCCCGCGCUGGGCCCCCGCUGCCUGUCCGCGGAUCCCACCCCGGCCCAGAUCUCCGCCCCAGGCCCCGGCUCCGCCGCGGCCUUCGCGGGCACCGUCACUGUCCACAACCAGGACCUGCUGUUGCGCUUUGAGAACGGCGUCCUCACCCUGGCCACGCCCCCGCCACCCGCCUGGGAGCCGGGGGUCGGGCCUGCCCCGCAGCGCGCGGGGCUGAUCGCCGCGCAGGCUGGGUUCCCGCACGCCGCGCAGCCGGGUGACUGUCCAGAGCUGCCGCCCGACCUCCUGCUGGCCGAGCCGGCCGAACCGGCGCCCGUCCCGGCGCCGGAGGAGGAGGCAGCGGAAGGACCAGCCAUUGCCCUGGGCCCCCGCGGGUCGCUGGGCCCCGGCCCAGGCGUGAUGCUGUACCUGUGCCCCGAGGCGCAGUGCGGGCAAACCUUUGCCAAGAAACACCAGCUGAAGGUGCACCUGCUGACGCACAGCAGCAGCCAGGGCCAGAGGCCCUUCAAGUGUCCACUGGGCGGCUGCGGCUGGACCUUCACCACCUCCUACAAGCUCAAGAGGCACCUGCAGUCGCACGACAAACUGCGGCCCUUCGGCUGCCCCGCGGAGGGCUGCGGCAAGAGCUUCACCACCGUGUACAACCUCAAGGCACACAUGAAGGGCCACGAGCAGGAGAACUCAUUCAAAUGCGAGGUGUGCGAGGAGAGCUUCCCCACGCAGGCCAAACUCAGCGCCCACCAGCGCAGCCACUUUGAGCCCGAGAGGCCCUACCAGUGCGCCUUUUCCGGCUGCAAGAAGACAUUUAUCACAGUGAGUGCCCUGUUUUCCCAUAACCGCGCCCAUUUCAGGGAACAGGAACUCUUUUCCUGCUCUUUUCCUGGCUGCAGCAAACAGUAUGACAAGGCUUGUAGGCUGAAAAUUCACCUGCGGAGCCACACCGGCGAGAGACCUUUCCUUUGUGACUUUGAUGGCUGUGGCUGGAACUUCACCAGCAUGUCCAAACUCUUAAGGCACAAAAGGAAGCACGAUGAUGACCGGAGGUUCACUUGCCCUGUGGAAGGCUGUGGGAAAUCUUUCACGAGGGCCGAGCAUCUGAAAGGCCACAGCAUAACCCACCUAGGCACAAAGCCUUUCGUGUGCCCUGUGGAAGGCUGCUGUGCCAGGUUCUCCGCUCGCAGUAGUCUCUACAUUCACUCCAAGAAACACCUGCAGGAUGUGGACACUUGGAAAAGCCGUUGCCCGGUCUCCACUUGUAAUAAACUCUUCACAUCCAAGCACAGCAUGAAGACCCACAUGGCCAAAAGGCACAACAUCGCCCAGGAUCUCUUAGCUCAGCUAGAAGCAGCAAAUUCUCUUACACCCAGCAGCGAACUUACCAGCCAGGGACAGAAUGAUCUCAGCGAUGCAGAGAUAGUGUCUCUCUUCUCUGAUGUGCCUGACAGUAGUUCUGCUGCAGUGCUGGACGCAGCAUUGGUGAACUCUGGAAUCUUGACUAUUGACGUGGCUUCUGUGAGCUCAACUCUGGCAGGGAACCUCCCUGCUAAUAAUAAUACUAAUUCCUUAGGGCAGGCAGUGGACCCUCGGGCCUUGAUGGCCACCAGUGACCUUCCUCAAAGUCUGGAUACCUCUCUCUUUUUUGGAACGGCAGCCGCUGGUUUUCAGCAGAGCCCCUUAGAUUUGGAUGAUGUCUCAAGUGUAAGUGCGGGACCAUUGGGAUCCCUGGGCUCUUUGGCUAUGAAAAACUCCAGUCCCGAGCCCCAAGCUUUGACACCCAGCAAUAAGCUAACAGUGGACACAGAUGCCCUGACUCCCUCGAGCACCCUUUGUGAAAACAGUGUCUCAGAACUCCUGACGCCAACCAAAGCAGAGUGGAACGUACCUCCUGACUCUGACUUCUUCGGACAGGAAGAGGAAACCCAGUUUGGAUUCUCCAAUCCAGCAGGAAACCAUGGUUCUCAGAAAGAAACGGAUCUUAUCACAGUGACUGGCAGCUCAUUUUUGGUAUGAACCGACUCUAUCCGUUCCUCACCAUGUGGCUUACUGUUAUUACAGCCAAUUUUGAGGAUAUUCUGGACUAAAUGUUUAAAUGCAAACAUUUCUCAUUGGUUUGCAAAACAACACAGCCCUGGACUACAACCUUGAGUCUGGAACUCACCAGUCGUGUGACCCUCAUCAAGUCACUUAACCUAUCUGAGCCUUAAUUUCCUUAUUUAUAAAAUGAGGUGGCUUGAAUACAUUGUUUUAAGGUCUUUUCA